AUGUCUACAGAAAACUUACCAUGGGUGGAAAAAUAUAGACCACAGUGUCUAGAUGACGUUUAUGGUCAAGGUGAGACAGUUUCCACAAUCCGUCGUUUUGCAUCUGAAGGUAGAAUUCCUCAUCUUCUUUUUUAUGGACCACCAGGUAGUGGUAAGACAUCUACGAUCAUAGCAUUGGCAAAAGAACUAUACGGUAAAAACUACCGGAACAUGGUCUUGGAACUGAAUGCCAGUGAUGAUAGGGGUAUUGACGUGGUUAGAGAUCAAAUUAAAAAUUUUGCAAGCACAAGGCAGAUUUUUACAACAGGGUUUAAAUUGAUUAUAUUAGACGAAGCCGAUGCAAUGACAAACGUUGCACAAAAUGCGCUUCGUAGAGUGAUUGAAAAGUUUACGAAAAACACCAGAUUUUGUAUAUUGGCUAAUUACUCAAACAAGCUAAAUCCUGCAUUGUUAUCUCGUUGUACUAAGUUUAGAUUUUCUCCAUUAUCAGACGACGCAGUAUUGAGUCGAAUUGAAAUGGUAGCUAAGUUGGAGAAACUAAAUUUGGCAGAUGAUGCCAAGCAUUCACUUGUUCGUCUAAGCCGUGGUGAUAUGCGUAAAGCUCUAAAUGUUAUGCAAUCAUGUAAAUCCUCAUUAAGCAACCCAGAAGACCAAGUUGACGCAGAUAUGAUUUAUGACUGUAUAGGUGCACCAAAACCAAGAUCAAUUGAAUUAAUAUUUGAUGCAAUAAUCAAAAAUGAUUGGUCUGAUGCUUAUUCAACCAUGACUAAAAUAAGAAACAUUGAAGGUUUGGCACUGAUUGAUUUGAUAUCUGCAUUUGUCGAAAUUAUUGACAGAUAUGAUUUGAAACCUCAAACAAGGGCACAGUUGUUAACAGGAUUAUCCGAUAUCGAAUAUGGCAUUUCUAGAGGGGGUAAUACCAAAAUUCAAUCUACCGCCUUGAUAGGUUGUAUAAAAAACGCCCUAGAGUAUGAAGCUUAA